CAAAACCACGCCCCUGUCCCGCCUCUCCUAGAUUUCCCCGCGAGUCGCAGGCCCUCCCCACGCUUGGAAGAUGGCGGCUUCCUUGGGAAGGUUACUUCGGGCUUCGGUCACUCAGCAUGUGAACUUCUUUCCCUUGGGCAUUUCUGCAGCCUUUAGGCCUGUUGCUGAUAGAAACACAUUCCCAGCCAACAUAAUGCCCAUGAGUGCUACCCAUUCAAGAUUUUCUUUCAGCACCAGUUCUUCAACUUAUGUGCCUGCUGUAACUCAACAUGCACCACAUUUUAAGGGUACAGCUGUUGUCAAUGGAGAAUUCAAAGAAAUAAGCCUUGAUGACUUUAAAGGCAAAUAUUUGGUGCUUUUCUUCUAUCCUCUUGAUUUCACUUUUGUGUGUCCAACAGAAAUUGUUGCUUUUAGUGACAAAGCUAACGAAUUUCACGAUGUGAACUGUGAAGUAGUUGCGGUUUCAGUGGAUUCCCACUUUAGCCAUCUUGCCUGGAUAAAUACACCAAGAAAGAGUGGCGGUUUAGGUCAUAUGAAUAUUGCGCUCCUAUCAGAUUUAACCAAACAAAUUUCCCGGGACUAUGGUGUUCUGCUGGAAGGACCUGGUGUUGCAUUAAGAGGUCUCUUCUUAAUUGACCCUAAUGGAGUUAUCAAACACAUGAGUGUCAAUGAUCUCCCAGUGGGCCGAAGUGUGGAAGAAACUCUUCGUUUGGUGAAGGCAUUCCAGUUUGUGGAAGUGCAUGGAGAGGUCUGUCCAGCAAAUUGGACACCAGAUUCGCCUACGAUCAAGCCGUCUCCAAAUGCUUCCAAAGAGUACUUUGAGAAAGUGAAUAAAUAAAGGACACCAUGUAUUGAAGACCUGCAUGGCUUUUUAAAUUAUGAAGAAACCACAAAUUGGAAUCUACAUUAACAUGCAAAAAAUUACUGCAUAUAGAAGUGUAGAAUAUGUACAAGUUAUGCUUAUAUCUGUGAAUACCCCAAAAUGCUCAGUUUUCAUAAAAUUGCCCCCCAAACUAUUUAGCCUUAAUAGUUGUUGCUAGUUUAAAGGAUCCUUUAGUACCAAAUCCUUGCUUUUCUCAUAGUUCUCCUUUACAAAUUACACUUACCAUAUAGUUUAAUAAUUUUUUAAAAAUCUGCAAAGGGAUACUUAGUUAAGGGAAAGCAGCUAUACCUGUUUACCUAUAACUCAAGGUCCUCAAAGCAUCCUGAUUAAAUGUUUGCCACACCUGUUUUUUUUGCAUAUCGUCUUUUUUUCUCCAUAAAGUGAAUGUCUUGUAAUUAAAGAUAACUUUAAAGGUCUAAUUUGACUCGUGGCACAUUUGAGUAUAAGACAAGUAUGAAGUAUAUUUGCUUAAAAGAAAAUCCAGAACUUACAGUGAUCAAGUAGUUAAUCAUGGUGGGCAGACCAGAGAUUGUUAAUUUAGGGUUCAUUUUACUAUUAUUUGAAGUUUGAGUGAGCUUUAUGUCUUGAUACAUUUCAAAUACUAUUUAAUUUCAUUGUAAAAGAUAUCUGUUGAAUCCCGGAGUUAUAUAUAAUGAAGCUUUGGCAAUUAUUAUAACAUUUAUUUUUCUAGCUGAGGAAUAACUCAGUGUAUGUUCUUUAAUCAAGAAUAAAGAAAUUUUAAACUAUC